CUUUGAGCAAUCGUGCCUGAUACAAUCGCAAACAUGUCGUUGUUCAAGAGAGCUAACAACGCUAUCAACGUUAACACCAACACCGUCAACGGCCGUACCGCUGACAUCGCCAUCACCGACCAUGGCUCAGACUUGUAUUUUGCCAUUUGCGCGGCCAUGACCGUCUCUGGCUUCGUCUUUAUCGGUCUGGGCAUGCGCAAGCAGCGUCGCGACCGCAUCUUCCACUACCUCACAGCCGCUGUCGUCUUCGUUGCCGCCAUUGCCUACUUCACCAUGGGUUCCAACCUCGGUUUCACUCCCAUUGAAGUAGAGUUCAAGCGCAACAACCCAGUGGUUCGUGGAAACUACCGUUCUAUCUACUAUGUUCGCUACAUCGAUUGGGUCAUCACCACCCCUUUGCUCCUGACCGACCUCAUGCUCACCGCUGGAAUGCCAUGGCCUAGCAUCCUGUGGACCAUCAUUGUUGAUGAGAUCAUGAUCAUCACGGGUCUUGUCGGCGCACUCGUCACCUCCAAGUACAAGUGGGGAUACUUCGCUUUCGGCAACCUUGCCCUCGUCUACAUUAUCUACCAGCUAGUCUGGGAGUCUCGCACGCACGCCAGGCACUUCGGUCGCGAUGUCGAGCGUACAUUCCUCAUGUGUGGAUCCUUGACUGCAUUCUUGUGGAUCUUGUACCCCGUUGCCUGGGGUGUUGCCGAGGGUGGCAACGUCAUCUCGCCAGACUCUGAGGCCAUUUUCUACAGCAUCCUCGACUUUUUGGCCAAGCCUGUCUUCGGUGCUCUUCUUAUCUGGGGACACAGGAACAUCGACCCUGCUCGUCUUGGUCUUGCCAUCAAGGACUACGACCAUGACACUUCUGUCUCUGAGAAGCGCAAGCCCGAUGUUGCUCCCGGCACCACCGCUGCUCACAACCCCCCUCUCGAUGGCCCCGCCAACGUUUAAGCCAUUUUCUGACUGAAAAGCUGCACGCCUGCGUCACGCUGUCGUGUUGGAUACCCCAGGCCACAUGGUCCCGAUUACUGGAAUGUUUCGUAGAGCUUGGUCUCUUCCACAUUCUCUCCACCUAAUACCCCAGCGAAUACCACUUUAGUUUCUACCGUAACCUAAUAAUGACAUCACGUUCACUAUACACCAA